AUCUCAGCUUCAGCUGGAGAGCUAAUCGACAUCAGCUGAGUUUGCAUGAAGUGCCAUCCUUGUAUUUAAAAUACAGGAAUUUUUCAUAACGUUAAAUUACAAUAGCAUUUUAUGAAGUAACGUAUAACAGCUGUGAGUCAAUGAAAUAACUGUCAUCUGUCGUAACCACAGAAACAGGGCAGAGGCAAAGGAGAAAUAACAUUACAUCAAACCCGGCAAACAAAGAGGUCCUUUUUUCAACGACAACAUUUUUCCUCCAUAUUCUAUAGUUAUGAGUCAUGUGGCCGUCGAAAAUGCCCACGGUCUAGAGCAGCAGCUUGCUGUCCUAGACUUGAGUGCAGCAGACGGACAAGGUGGAGGCACUAACAGGCGAUACAUUCCUCCACAUUUACGGAACAAAGACGCUUCCAAAAAUGCAGGAAAUGCCUUUGCUGCUGGUCGACAAGGUGUCUACACCAUGGCGCCUCCAGCCAACUAUGGUUGGGAUGGGGGGCGCAACAACUUUGUUAAUGGCUACCAUGACAACCGGAUGACGGGCAACUCAUUUAACCGGGGCCCACCUCGUAUGGAGCGGGGCAGAGGUGGCGUCGGAGGAGGUGGUUACCGUGGCAACAGGGGAGGAUCCUUCAACCCCAUUAACCCAGCGCAACCAAUGGGAUUUGGUGGCUACGAAAAUAAAGACGCCAGCGGCUGGAACACGAACAAGGAUGCCUACAGCAGUUUUGGAAACAAUCGAGGGAAGUCUGCAUUCUUCAAUGACAGAGGCAAUGCCAACAGAGGGAGGUUCGAGCAUGGUGGAUUUGGUGGUGGAGGAGGAGGAGGAAACAGCCGCUGGGUGGAAGAGUCCAGAGAUGACGGAGACUGGUCCAAACCAACACCACGUAACGAACGCCUUGAACAUGAGUUGUUCUCUGGCAGUAACACUGGGAUUAAUUUUGAGAAAUAUGAUGACAUUCCUGUUGAAGCCACAGGACAGAACUGCCCUCACCACAUUGAGAGUUUCCAAGAUGUGGACAUGGGUGAGAUUGUCAUGGGUAACAUAGCUCUGAGUCGCUACACCAGACCAACGCCUGUCCAGAAAUAUGCCAUUCCUAUUGUCAAGUCAAAGAGAGACCUCAUGGCCUGCGCACAGACAGGUUCUGGGAAGACUGCGGCAUUCCUGCUGCCGAUUCUCAGCCAAAUCUACACUGAUGGACCAGGAGAAGCUCUUAAUGCAGUUAAAACCUCUGGACAGGAGAAUGGGAAGUAUGGGCGUCGUAAGCAGUACCCCAUCUCUCUGGUACUGGCUCCAACCAGAGAGCUGGCAUUGCAAAUAUACGAUGAAGCCAGGAAGUUUUCCUACCGGUCCAGAGUGCGUCCCUGUGUUGUGUAUGGAGGAGCAGAUAUUGGCCAGCAGAUCAGAGAUCUGGAGAGAGGCUGCCACCUGCUGGUGGCCACACCGGGAAGACUGGUAGACAUGAUGGAGAGGGGCAAGAUUGGAUUGGACUACUGCAACUACCUGGUCCUGGAUGAGGCAGAUCGUAUGUUGGACAUGGGCUUUGAACCGCAGAUAAGACGCAUCGUCGAACAAGACACCAUGCCGCAUAAAGGCAUCCGACAAACCAUGAUGUUCAGUGCUACCUUUCCUAAAGAGAUCCAGAUUCUGGCCAGGGAUUUCCUGGAGGAGUACAUUUUCCUGGCAGUGGGCAGGGUGGGUUCCACCUCAGAGAACAUCACUCAGAAAGUGGUGUGGGUGGAAGAGAGCGAUAAGAGGUCUUUCCUCCUGGACCUGCUUAGUGCUACAGUCAUCCCCAGCGAGGUACAGGACAAUACUGGAGACAACAUAGAGAAACCUGGUAAGGACUCGUUGACUCUGGUUUUUGUGGAGACCAAGAAAGGUGCUGAUGCCUUGGAGGACUUCCUGUACCGGGAGGGCUACGCAUGCACCAGUAUCCAUGGCGACCGCUCCCAGAGAGAUCGAGAGGAGGCCCUGAACCAGUUCAGAUCAGGAAAAUGCCCCAUUCUGGUGGCCACAGCGGUAGCGGCUCGGGGUCUGGACAUCUCCAAUGUGAAACAUGUUAUUAACUUUGACUUGCCCAGCGACAUAGAGGAGUAUGUCCACCGUAUUGGACGUACAGGACGAGUCGGAAACCUGGGACUUGCCACAUCGUUCUUCAAUGAUAAGAACGGGAACAUCACUAAAGACCUGCUGGACAUCCUAGUAGAGGCCAAACAGGAAGUGCCCUCAUGGCUUGAGAGCCUGGCCUAUGAACACCAGCAUAAGAGCAGCAACAGAGGACGCUCUAAGAGGUUCUCUGGAGGCUUUGGAGCACGUGAUUAUCGCCAGACCGCUGCUGGAGCCAACACUGGAGGGUUUGGAGGACGAGGAGGUCGCAACCAGGCAGGACAUGGAGGAACCCGUGGCUUCGGAGGAGGUGGUUUUGGUAACUUCUACACCAGUGAUGGCUACGGAGGCAACUACUCACACUCUCAAGUUGACUGGUGGGGCAACUAGAUUCCUCCUUCCUCCAUCCCCCCCUUCACUCAUCCCUCUUUCUUCUUCUCACUCAUCCUCCUUCCUUUCCCCACACUGUUGUCUGAACUCCAUCUGUCUCCACCCCUCCACUAACCCCAAGAAUCCACGUGCAUGUUAUUAAACUAUUUAUACUUGUUUAUAUAGCCCUCCUUCCAUCCCUAUGCGCUAAGAUCUUUUAAUUCCUCUUUAGAUUUUUCUGGUCCUUUCCAUCUCCACCUUCAUCUUUACCGUUUUCUAUCCUUUCUUUUUUGAUUUAUUAGUUCCUGAUGAAUCUCACCUUUUAAAAUAGGCCACUUCAAUUUUAGUUGGUUAUUUUUUUUAACACUAGACACAGAUUUCCUUCCAGCUAGCAACAGCCUUUGGUUUCAGUGAGGACUUUUUAAACUAGUUGCCCUGUGUGACAUGUCUGAAGAAAAAUAACCAACUGAAUUGAAAGUUCUACAUGUUCUUUUAACCCCCCCCCCCCCCCCCCCC